UGGUGUGUUUGACAAAUCAGUUUCAUAAGGAAAGGUGAAGCUCGUGUCCUUUCUCAUAUUAUGUGAGGGAAAGGGGAAGUGCGAACGAAGCUGCCUGUAUACACACCGAUCUAUAGCUGAAAGAAAGAAAAAGAAAGAGAGAAAACAUUUGUCCAAACAUGACACGGGGACAUGGAUUAGAGGCUGGAGACCUUGCCAAAGCUGAAAUUUUUAACCGGUUAGUCAGACAAGUCGGAGAAAUCAUCGGAGAGUCGAUACUGCUCAGGUUUACUUAGUCAUUUUCCCUUCAGCCUGUUGGAGUGUGUAUUUUCCACACAGCCCUAAAUGACGGGGUUAGUAAGGUAGUUAACUCUGCCUGGGUACCGGGAUCAGCUUUUCUACGAGCUCUUCACCUAUUUUUCUUUUACUUAGACAUGUCAAAUCUCACCUUUAACACCGAUUAUCUUUAUAAUUUACCCGCGGCUGCUGUUCAUGAGUUCACGCGUGUCAUGGAUUCACUCCCGGAUUUCGACUGGCAGAGAUUUGCUUCCCGAGUAAUAUGUGACCAGACAGAGCUUCGGCUUGUGCAGCAGAGCAGCAGGCGGACGGAAACACUAAUGCACAAGUGGGGAUGCAGGAACGGGACGGUCGGAGAUCUCCUAACUGUCCUGCAAGAUCUGGAGCUGUUGAGACCUCGGGAUAUCAUUCUUAAAUCACGGCGUAUUCCACAGCCAAGUCCUGUCUCCACCUCCUCCAGCUCCCUGCCACCACAGAGCUUCAGCCGCAACAGCUCGCCAUCGUCAUCCUUAUUUACCCCCAUUAAAGACGCCACUCGGUCCCUUCCCAUUAUAGAUAGCAAGCUUCAAUCCAAACCUGGACCUCCAUCCCCUGAUCUGAACAGAACAUGUCCCUGUAUGCCGUCGACCGUUUUAAAAGAAGAAAAGAAAGAAGAGCGUUCUUACGAUAGCUGUGCAGCUCAGCCGCUCCUCUUCACGACUGUCAUGUGCUGGCCGUACGAGGAAGUGCAGCGAGGUACAGACAAUUUCUCCGCCGCCAGGCAGAUCGGAGAGGGAGGCUUCGGCCACGUGUACAGUGCCUCCAUGAGGAACACUGACUUUGCUGUGAAGAGGCUCAAAGAGCAGGAUUCCCAUAUGGGUUGGAGUGUGGUGAAGGAAAGUUUUCGGACCGAGGUGGAAAGACUCUCGCAAUACAGACACCCGAACAUAAUGGACCUGAUCGGUUACAGUGUAGGAGGUGGAACCUACUGCCUUAUCUACGGGUACAUGCCCAGCGGUUCUCUAGAGGACCGGUUGCGCUGUGAGCAUGGCUCUGCCCUCUCCUGGUCACAGCGUGUAAAGGUGGUGUUGGGUUCGGCGCAAGCCAUUCAGUACCUUCACUCCUGUUCUCCUGCUCUCAUCCACGGAGACGUGAAGAGUUCCAACAUUCUCUUGGGGGAACAUCUGGAGCCGAAGCUGGGAGACUUUGGCCUGGCGCGGUUGUGUCGUUGCCCCAGCAGAACCCCAGGGAAGACGAGCAGCGUGGCUCAGACCUCUACAGUGCGCGGCACCCUGGCGUACCUCCCCGACGAGUACCUGAAAGACGGCCAGCUGGGCAUGGAGAUAGACGUUUACAGCUUCGGAGUGGUGUUGCUGGAGGUGCUGACAGGCCGGAGAGCUUUAGAAACCAGCAACCAGUCGAAGAACAUCUACCUGAAAGACCUGGUGUCCGAACUGGAGGACGACGGGAGAAGUUACAGCAGAAAGAAGGACACUCGAGAGCUUUCCGGUUCACAUGCAGCGGAGAACAUCUGGAAGAACCAUCUGGAUCGUAGCCUGACGUCAGAAGGAACGUCUGGUCCUCACGGGUCAAAAGAAAUCGCUCAGCUGGCGUGUCGCUGCUUAGACCGCCGGAGAAAGAAAAGGCCUCCGAUGACCGAGGUCUUUAGAAGUCUUCAGGAAGUGCAUACAGGCUUGGAGACUUGCCACAGUACCGUCACAGUCAGAACGUCUCCUGCUUCUCCUCCUCCUCCUCAUCAUCUCUCUGGCCCGAAGCCUCUGCGCUCCGAUAACUCUGUGGACUCUCUCGCACAUCACUUCUCCAAACUCGGCCCUCAGGAGAACACUUUCUGCUGCUCGCACCACCACAGCUGCCCGCACCCUUCUUCCCCAGUGACUUGUUCAGAGGAGUCAGGAAGGAGAGAAGGAUCAUGGGACAGUCGCUGUUCCUCCUUUCGUGUGCCGUGUGAAUCAGAUGACGGAGUUAUUAUUAAUCCUGUCAGACAGCACUUGGUUGAGAAAAUGACACUUUACGAGGAAGGUCGAAUACUGACCUCAGACCUCUUCUCUUCUUCCGGUCCACCAAACAGAACGAUGAACACGCACCCACAGGAACCAGAGGAGAGCGACGAGUUUGCUAGCAGUUUAUUCUAGACCACUCCGACUCGCCUCUACCGACUAACUCCAACACUCGAGAGGAGACCGAGCGAAGGUGCUCAGCUGGUCAGGAUUUCCCAACACCAAAUGUUCUCAACACCAAAAUACACACCUACAGAAAUAUACAGAACAUUUUUUAAAACAUUGGAUGGAAAUUUCCUAGGUACUAGAACUGUGCUGCCUAUCCACUGGACAGUGCCUCCUGUGGGGGGGUGGGAUUUAAGUGGACACUUUAAUACCAAGUUCAAUCCUGGAUCCUGCAAAAUCUCCAGAUUUGGACAGAAAUCAUAGCUUUUUCAUCCUUCUGGAUGAAUGUAGACACUGUUACAGGACAGGACGGGUCAGACUGUAUCGCUGGACGUAAUAAUGGUCAGACUGUAUCGCUGGACGUAAUAAUGGUCAGACUGCAUCGCUGGACGUACUAAUGGUCAGACUGCAUCGCUGGACGUACUAAUGGUCAGACUGCAUCGCUGGACGUACUAAUGGUCAGACUGCAUCGCUGGACGUACUAAUGGUCAGACUGCAUCGCUGGACGUAAUAAUGGUCAGACUGCAUCGCUGGACGUAAUAAUGGUCAGACUGCAUCGCUGGACGUAAUAAUGGUCAGACUGCAUCGCUGGACGUAAUAAUGGUCAGACUACAUCGCUGGAGGUCAAAAUUUCAGAAACAGACGAGGGGUUUUGAAGCCAGGCUCGUUCUGGCAGACUUUAUACUGUGUCUGCAUUCAUUUUGAGCAGGUUUAAAACAUCUGACUGAUUUCGUAUGAACAGGUUUCUUCAAGUAAACAGUUUCUACAGUUUUUUUUUUUUUUUUUCCUACAUUAUAACAUUAUUUUUACAGAUUAUAUUACGCACGAAGAAGAAAUAUUAUCUUUCUCAAGUGUGCUGCGAUUUCGACACCGUUCCCAUCAUGAAUGCCGUCUUUAUGAUUUAGUCGGACCACAAACCCGUAGUAGAACAGUUUACUUUUUCUUUUUCCCUUCGGACCUUUUCCGCUUCACCCUUCACGCCGCGGCUCAGAGUUGGCCUGGGAGCCGAAUCGUUAUUACUUGUUAAAUUGCUGGAUUUACAAACUACACAAGGGAUUUCUUUUGUGAUGAAUAACUCUAUUCGCAGCAGGAGUUCAACUCGGUUCAGUGUCAUUUUUUUACCACCAAUGUCCAAGUUUACCACACUUAGUGCUGACUUUGCAGUUUUCUUUCCCUCUUUCUCUCUCUCUCUCUCUCUCUCUCUCUCUCUCUCACUUUGUCUCUCCUUCUCUCUCUCUCUCUCCCUCUCUGUUUCUUGCCCCCCCUCUCUUUCUUGCUCCCCCCUCUCUCUUUCUCAUUCCCCUUCCCCCCUCUCGUUUUCUCUCCCCCUCUCUCUCUCCCUCUCUCUCUCGUUCCCCCCCUCGUUAUCUCUCUCUCUGUCUCUCUCUCUUUCUGUCUCUCUCUCUCCUUCCCUCUCCAAAUCACUCUCUCUCACUCUCUCUCUCUCUCACUUUGUGUGUGUCUCUGUGCUAGAAGUGGGUAAUACCAACAAUAUCAUAUCAAAAAAUAUUUCUAUAAGCAUCACAAUGAUUGUUUUAAUAUGCCAACAUUUAUUUAAAUAAUUAAUUAAUAAUUUUAAUGAAUUUUUGCAGAUGGUAAAUAAAAAUUACCCUGAAUCCCCCCCCCCUUAAUCAGCUGCUUUCUGUCAAUGUUAUUAAAAUACUAACAAUACCUUUUAUUAAAAAAA